AUGCAUAUGAUUCCUAUUACCAGUUAUGGUUUUGGUUCUUAUUUCAACGAUAUCGAAGGAAGUCCUAUCAAGAAGAUGAAAGUUGAAGUGCAGCAAUCUAGUAUUAUUGAUCCUUUAUCGGUUCGUCCAAAGGUUGAGAAUUAUUGUUCUGUACCUUUUUCAAGCAGUAAUGAGUUGGUAGCUUCCCCUGCUAUUCCAAUCUCUAGUUGUAAACAAUUUUGGAAAGCUGGAGAUUAUGAUGGCAAUAAAGAGGAUGUGGUUGGGGGUAAUGAUCAAACAGUUGGCAUGGAUCAUGUGAGAGUUGAUCCAAAAUUCCUGCAUUCAAAUGCUACCAGUCAUAAAUGGGCUUUGGGUGCUUUUGCUGAGCUUCUGGACAACGCGAUGGAUGAGGUUUGCAAUGGAGCUACGUAUGUAAGCGUAGACGUGCUGGACAACAAGAAAGACCAGAGGAGCAAAAUGUUGUUAGUUAAAGACAAUGGCGGCGGAAUGACUCCUGAUAGAAUGCGUCAGUGUAUGUCUCUUGGAUAUUCAGCAAAAAGCAAAUUAGCAAACACUAUUGGACAGUAUGGAAACGGUUUCAAAACGAGUAGUAUAAGGUUAGGGGCCGAUGUGAUUAUGUUUUCUCGGGGAAGAGACAGAGCAACGAGCACGUUGACACUUGGGAUGUUGUCGUAUACUUUUUUAAGGAGCACGGGGAAAGAAGAUAUUGUUGUUCCUAUGAUUGAUUUUGUUAAGACUGGAGCGACUUGGGAGAUGUUUGUUCGAUCUUCAGCUGAUGAUUGGAAAAGGAAUUCGGCGACGAUAGUACAAUGGUCUGCUUAUGAGAGCGAAGAGGAUCUCUUCCAGCAGUUUGAGUUAUUGAAAGGUGAUCAAGGCACGCGAAUUAUCAAAUACAAUCUUUGGGAGGAUGAAGGAGGAACCACGGAGCUUGACUUUGACACCGAUCCAUAAGAUAUUCAAAUCAGGGGCGUUAGUCGAGACGAAAAGAGGAUUGAAAUGGUGAAAGAAUAUCCUAACUCCAAGCAUUUUCUAACUUAUCAACAUUUUGUAAGGAGUUAUGCUUCAAUUUUGUAUCUAAGGCUUGCUCCUGGAUUUCGAAUAAUUUUGAGGGGGAAAGAUGUGGAACAUCACAAUUUGGUGAACAACAUGAUGCUUUCCAAGGAGGUUACAUACAGACCACAAUCCAUUGGUUAUGAAACAUCUGUAGCUGCGGUAACUAUUGGUUUUGUGAAAGAUGCAAAACAUCACAUUAAUAUUCAAGGUUUCAAUGUUUAUAACACGAACAGGCUCAUUAAGCCUUUCUGGAGGGUGUGGAAUGCUGCUGGGAGCGAUGGUCGCGAUGUGAUAGGCGUCUUAGAAGUUAAUUUUGUUGAACCAGCUCAUGAUAAACAGGGCUUUGAGUGCACAAUCGUCCUUGCUAGACUCGAGGCCCGCUUACAAGUUAUGCAGAAGAAGUAUUGGUCUUCAAACUGCCAUUUCAUUGGUUAUGCUAAGCGUCGCAAGAACAGUACUGUCUCUCCUGAUGAGAAAGAAUCUAACGCCUGUUCUGCGCCUAAAAGCAAUUCAUGUCCUCCUUUUAGCUCCAACGUCAGCCACACAACCUAUCAUGACAAUAAUUUUAAAUUGAGAUCCUCCGGAGCAGAAUGCGAGAUGGGACCAGUUCAUUCUUCAGUAUAG